AUGGACAAGGUGAAUCUUAUUCAGGAAAAGCUUCUGGUAGCUCAGAGUCGACAGAAGAUGUUUGCAGACCGAAAGAUUUGGGAUUUAGAGUUUAUAGAGGGCGUGCGGGUUGUUCUGAAGAUUUCAUCCAUGAAGGGUGUUGUGCGAUUUGGAAAGAGGAGCAAGUUGAGCCCGAGGUGUUCAUCCGGUUUUUCGCUGUACAUGUUGAAGAAGUACUAUUUUGAUGGUUCUUAUAUCGUUUGUUGGGAUUCUGUGUUGCUUGAUAUGAAUCUAUCUUACGAGGAGGAUCCUAUAACAAUUCUGGAUAGGCAGGUUAGGAAGUUGAGGUCUAAGGAGAUUGCUUCUAUUAAGGUUCAAUGGAAGCAUCUUCAUAUUAAGGAGACUACUUGGGAGACCGAGUCAGAUAUGCGCAAGAGAUAA